UUCUUUGAACGGGAGGGGAAGGAAGGGCCUGUCGUGUCUACCGGAGACCUGCGGGGAAAAGUGCAUAGCGCCGCCUGACGACCGCCUUGAGCCGGGGAGCCACAGUCAGGAGACAGCGGUGCCUCCGAAGAGGUCUCGGGUAUCGGAGAGAGCGCCGCCAACAGCUCGCCACAUGAAUGAUAACACACAGGAAGCAAUGUUGCAAGCUAUCAUGCAGCACUGUGGCUUGUAUAAACUAAAUGUCAUGAAUUAUAUGCCAUAUUUGAAUAGACAUUUUUUAUCUAAUAAUACACGUCCCUGUUAACUAUUUCACAUCCCGUCUACCACCGUUUGGCGCCUACAUGCAGUUCUGCUGCUUAUUGCAGCUUCUAAUUAGCGUGUAGCUAUCAGCUCUAUUUUCUAUGACGAUUUUAUGGAACCAUGCAAUAGCUACAGGGCAAUUCCAUGUUAACGGAAUUACGCUGAGACUCAGAUUUGUCACUUUAAAAUGUAUGCUAAACAAAAACAUUUACUGGAACAAGAGUGUAGAAGCAAAGUUCGUUAAUAGAAUUACAGUAAAUCUAUUUUGGUUAUUGAACUACAGUAAGUGAAGUAACUGAAAUACGGUAACAAAAUUACAUCAUGUGUCCCUGAUAUGUACUACACAGAAAUGCAUAAUUUAUGGAUAUGAAUUAGAGGUCGAUGACUGAUUUUUUUUCAACGAUUAUUGGAGGACCAAAAAAAGCCAAUACCGAUUAAUCGGCCAAUUUUAUUUUUUUUUAUAUUUAUUUUAAUUUUAUUUGUAACAAUGACAAUUACAAUAAUACUGAAUUAACACUUAUUUUAAUAUAAUACUUAAUAUAAUACAUCAAUAAAAUCAAUUUAGCCUCAAAUAAAUAAUGAAACAUGUUCAAUUUGGUUUAAACAAUGCAAAAAGAAAGUGUUGGAGAAGAAAGUAAAAGUGCAAUAUGUGCCAUGUAAGAAAGCUAAUGUUUAAGUUCCUUGCUCAGAACAUGAGAACAUAUGAAAGCUGGUGGUUACUUUUAACAUGAGUCUUCAAUAUUCACAGGUAAGAAGUUUUAGGUUGCAGUUAUUAUAGGAAUGAAAGGACUAUUUCUCUCUAUACGAUUUGUAUCUCAUAUACCUUUGACUAUUGGAUGUUCUUAUAGGCACUUUAGUAUUGCCAGUGUAACAGUAUAGCUUCCAUCCCUCUUCUCGCCGUUACCUGGGCUUGAACCAGGAACACAUUGACAACAGCCACCCUCGAAGCAGCGUUACCCAUGCAGAGCAAGGGGAACAACUACUCCAAGUCUCAGAGCGAGUGACGUUUGAAAUGCUAUUAGCGCGCACCCCGCUAAAUAGCUAGCCAUUUCACAUUGGUUACACCAGCCUAAUCUCGGGAGUUGAUAGGCUUGAAGUCAUAAACAGCUCAAUGCUUGAAGCAUUGUGAAGAGCUGCUUGCAAAACGCACGAAAGUUCUGUUUGAAUGAAUGCUUACGAGCGUACUGGUGCCUACCAUCGCUCAGUCAGACUGCUCUAUUAAAUAAUAGACUUAAUUAUAACAUAACACACACAAAUACGAGCCUUAGGUCAUUAAUAUGGUCGAAUCUGGAAACUAUAAUUUCGAAAACAAAACAUUUAUUCUUUCAGUGAAAUACGGAACUGUUCCGUAUUUUAUCUAACGGGUGGCAUCCAUAAGUCUAAAUAUUGCUGUUACAUUGCACAACCUUCAAUGUUAUGUCAUAAUUACGUAAAAUUCAGACAUAUUCGUUCGCAAUGAGCCAGGUGGCCCAAACUGUUACAUACACCCUGACUCUGCGUGCAAUGAACUCAAGAGAAGUGACAAAAUUUCACCUGGUUAAUAUUGCCUGCUAACCUUUCUUUUAGCUAAAUAUGCAGGUUUAAAAAUAUAUACUUCUGUGUAUGGAUUUUAAGAAAGGCAUUAAUGUUUAUGGUUAGGUACAUGUUGGAGCAACGACAGUCCUUUUUCGUGAAUGCGCACCACGUUGAUUAUAUGUGACGCAGGACACGCUAGAUAAACUAGUAAUAUAAUAAACCAUGUGCAGUUAACUAUUGAUUAUGAUUGAUUGUUUUUUAUGAGAUAAGUUUAAUGCUAGCUAGCAACUUACCAUGGCUUCUUACUGCAUUCGCGUAACAGGCAGGCUCCUCGUAAGGCAGGUGGUUAGAGCGUUGGACUAGUUAACCGUAAGGUUGCAAGAUUGAAUCCCUGAGCUGACAAGGUUCAAAUCUGUCGUUCUGCCCCUGAACAAGGCAGUUAACCCACCAUUCCUAGGCCUUCAUUGAAAAUAAGAAUGUGUUCUUAAUAAAUCCUUUUGUGACUAGGGGGCAGUAUUUUCAUUUUUGGAAAAAUAACGUGCCUGUAGUAAACGGAAUAUUUUGUCAGGACAAGAUGCUAGAAUAUGCAUAUAAUUGACAGCUUAGGAUAGAAAACACUCUAAAGUUUCCAAAACUAUAAAAAUAUUGUCUGUGAGUAUAACAGAACUGAUGUUGCAGGCGAAAGCCUGAGAAAAAUCCAAUCUGGAAGUGCCUCAUGUUUUGAAAGCGCUGCGUACCAAUGCGUCCCUAUUGAGCAGUGAAUGGGCUAUCAACCAGAUUACUUUUUCUCCGUAUUCCCCAAGGUGUCUACAGCAUUGUGACGUAGUUUUACGAAUUUAUGUUGAAGAAUACCCGUAAGCGGCUACAUUGCGCAAGUGGUCACCUGAUGCUCCCAGAGAGAUUCUCGCGUAAAAUACAGAGGUAGCCAUUAUUCCAAUCGGUCCUAAUUGUCCCGGUGGAUAUAUUAUUGAAUAGAUAUUUGAAAAACACCUUGAGGAUUUAUUUUUAAACAACGUUUGCCUUGUUUCUGUCGAUAUUAUGGAGCUAAUUUGGAAUAUUUUUCUGGGUUUUCGUGACUGCAAUUUCCGGGCAAUUUCUCAGCCAAACGUGAAGAACAAACGGAGCUAUUUCGCCUACAAAAAUAAUAUUUUUGGAAAAAAGGAACGUUGGCUAUCUAACUGGGAGUCUCGUGAGUGAAAACAUCUGAAGCUCAUCAAAGGUAAACGAUUUAAUUUGAUUGCUUUUCUGAUUUCCGUGACCAAGUUACCUGCUGCUAGCUGGACAAAAUGCAAUGCUAGGCUAUCGAUAAACUUACACAAAUGCUUGUCUAGCUUUGGCUGUAAAGCAUAUUUUGAAAAUCUGAGAUGACAGGGUGAUUAACAAAAGGCUGAGCUGUGUCUCAAUAUAUUUCACUUGUGAUUUUCAUGAAUAGGAAUAUUUAUGUCUGUUGCGUUAUGCUAAUUAGUGUCAGUCGAUGAUUACGCUCCCUCAUGCGGGACGGGGAGUCACUAGAGGUUUUUAACUGACUUGCCUCGUCAAAUAAAGUUGUAAAAAAUCAAAUAAAAAUCGGCAUCCAAAAAUACCGAUUUCCGAUUGUUAUGAAAACUUGAAAUCGGCCCUAAUUAAUUGGCCAUUCCGAUUUAAUCGGUCGACCUCUAAUAUGAAUGUAAUUUUCUUUAUUGUGAUUUAUCCUGAAUAGGUACACAAAGGUAAAAAUAUGCAAUAUCAUCCUUUGCAUAUAUGGGUAUCAUUCUACACACUGGCUAUUAUUCGAAUGAGCUCCGCCCACAAACAAGACCAAAUCUGAACCAAUCAUAAACGUCUAUGUUUCACAAGUUUGGACAUUACAAUAGAGUACAGUACAUUACUGUGCUCUACUGUACUAUACUCUACUUUUCUUCACUGUGCUGUGCUGUCCAAUCUUGUGAAACAUAGACGUUUAUGAUUGGUUCAAAUUUGGUCCGGUCACCAAUCAUGGACGUCUGUGUUUGGGUCAAAUCAAGGCCGGCCCUUGUCCCCAAAAUAACGUAUGUGGACGUUGACAUUUCAACUACUUUUCAACGUCCAUGGACCUCCGGUGCUCAGUGGGUGCGGAUGCUGGUUACAGUUUUAGUAAAUGAAAAGAGAGGGGGCUCUUGGGUAGUCGUCAGUAAGAACUGGGAGAGGUGAUAUUAACUAGAGAGAGAAGAGGUAGAGGUUGUCCAGACUGAUUUCACACUCUCGCUUUGACCAUCAGACAACAGAAAGAGACAAACAGUUAUGAGCUGAACAUAACAGUAUGCCAGUGGAAGGGAGGACAUUAUGAUUUGAUUUCUCAUUGUGUUCAAUUCAAUUGCUGUAAUUCCGUUACUGUUUUUUCUGUAAUUGUUACCAAUUUGGUAACAGAAUUACAAGUUAUAAUCACUAAAUAAUUCAGAAACUGUAAAAAACACAAACUAAUUGGUAGGUCUACCUUAUUGCUUCUGUGAACUUUGGUUUUUGGUAACGGAAUUACAAGGCACAAGGCAGUUUUUUAAGAAGGCAACCUACAUUUUAGUUUUGGAGAAAUUAUUUAAGUGUUGUUCACCUAAAUACUACUUCAACAUUAUUGUGUUUUGAUGUAUUUCUAAUACCUUUUUUAAUAAGGCUUGUCUGGUAAAUCUAAGACCUCUUUCCAUCUGUUUGACCAGCAAGCAAUUACUAGAAACAUUUAUCUAUGACUUCAUUUGACACCAAUUUUGAUAGAUAGAUAGAUAUAUAUAUAUAUAUAUAUUUUUUUUUUUUAUUCAUUUAAAUUGUAUUUAUUUAACCCUUAGAUGACUGAGAAUAUAUUCUCAUUUACAGCAACAACCUGGGAUUUUUUACAGGGGAGAAGAGGGGCGAUGAGUGAGCCAAUUGUAAGCUGGGGAUGAUUAGGUGGCCAUGAUUGAAUGAGGGCCACAUUGAGAGAUGCUCCUAUCAACAUCACAUGUUGGUGCUCAUGGCUCCUUUAACAUGGAAAUUACCUACAUCAUUAUAAAACUAAAAUAAUGUCUAUGGGCCAGUUGGGGUUUGGGACAGGUGUUACCAAAUAGCUGACAGACUACUGUAUUUUGCUUUUUUUCAGGCUCCCUCCCUGUUGUCCUGACAUCACAGAACAUCAUAGUGAGAGACCUGAGGAAAGAGGCUAGCUACUUUACAAAUCAUUGUUACUGGUUCAUGACCUAAAAGUCACAACACACUGUUUGCUCACUAACAGACAUCAGUCUUCAGUUCAACAAUCGAGGCACACUUGUAUCAGGAUCGUAACACAGAGAUUUAACUCAGACCAGGGCAGGAGCCUUUUUCUCAUUCAUUGAAUUGUGCUGACUAACACACACACACACACACACACGGACCUACAAAAACCGCCUUGCAGUAGCCAUGGAUGACCAGCAGGAGGACCCAGAGGGCAUGUACGACGUGCAGCACCAGUACAUGUGUAGCGAGUGCCACCAGCUCUUCAACACCCUAGAAGAAGUGCUGAUGCACCAGCAGAUCCACACAGGGCAGGAGGGAGAAGAGGGGGUGGCUGGGGAGGCCAUGGCCAUCCAGGGCAUCUCAGAGUACGGGGACAGCCAGUACCAGUGCCUGGAGUGUGGUGCCCUCCUCAGGAACCCAGAUGAACUGCUACUGCACCAGGAGCUGCACAUGAGAGAGGCAGGGUUGGAGACAGAGGACCAUGAACUGUGUGAGGUGUUGGAGACAGACGAGGCAGGGACAGAGGGCCAGGUGUCGGGGCCUGUCCAGUACCAGUGUCUAGACUGCCUGGCCCUGUUUGACUCUCCAGAGGUGUGGCUGGCUCACAGACAGACCCACAGCAAGAGCAGCACGCACAGUGCCACAGAGACUGAGUAUGUGUUGCAGCCCGAUGGUACUGUGACACCCUUGGUCAGUGUUCAGAACUUUGUCUUGAGUGAACAACAAGCCGGGGAGAUCUUAGCACAGGUCCUGGCCCAACAACAACAGCAGCAUCAGUCUACCCCCCAGCCCUCGACCCCCUCCCGGGCCACCUUCCCACCCGCCGUCUCCCCCCUUCCCGGCUCGGCCACCAUGCGUCUCCAGAUCUGCAGUGCCCAGGCCCUGGCCGAUGGAUCCAGUACCCCCGGCCUACGGCGCGCCAAGCUGCUGCCCCCUCUGCUCACUCCUCUAGGGGUGGGCUCGGUAGGAAAGCUGGGAGUUCCAGAGAGCGGCCUCCAGAGACUGGAGGUGGCGCUGUCUGCUGUCCGGGAGGAGAAAGAGCAGCAGGGGGAGGUGGUGAUCUUCCACCCCUAUGAGUGCUCCGAGUGUGCCCUCCUCUUCCAGACCCCAGAGGACUUCCUGCAACACCAGGGGGAGCACUUCCUGGCCCAGGAGAAGGAGAGCGGUGAGGAUGGGGUGAUGAUGGGAUAUGAGGAGGACAGAGGGAGGGAGGAGGAGAGAGGGGAGGAGAAUGGGGGGAGGGUGGCAGAGGAGAAGGGGAAGGGAACGGGGAGACGCGCCCUGGCUAAAAGAUCCAGAAACACACCCCUAUGCCUGCACUGCAGCCAAUGUCAGCGUACAUUCACGUCAGCCAAUCGGCUGGCGGCACACAGGCGCGUGCACGAGCAUGGCACAUACGAGUGCCGGGAGUGCGACAAGGUGUUUAAGAAGGCGAUGUCACUGCAGACACACAUGCGCUCUCACUCCGGGGAGGCUCGGUAUCUGUGUGUGGACUGUGGUCACGGCUUCAACACAGAGAUGACCCUCAUCAUACACAGGAAGUCUCACACAGCAGAGCCGCUCCACAGGUGUGAACACUGUGCCAAGACCUUCACCAAUAUGACCAAGUUCCUGUACCACCGUAGAACACACGUCACCAAAGCAGCCACCACUACACCUACCCCCGUCGUCCUGGUCCCAGCGGCCCCCAGGAGGAUGUCCCUGUCAGCCCUGUCCAUCCUUCAGAGAGCCCGGGCCCUGAGGGAGAGGGGUGAGGGCAGCCCCAUGGAGGGGGACGAGGAGAACCUGAUGGCCCCCCUUACUGAGGCUGAGAUGGAGAUAGGCGAGGCGGGGGAGGACAGUGCCUCCAGCUCUCUGAGCAGGGCAGAGGGAGGAAAGGAGAACGGGGUGGAUGUGGAGGGGACACCAGGGGGCAGUGGAGAGUCCCAACCGGGAGAACAUACUGCUGAUCCUGGUUCCUCUACUGACCCUAACCCCUCUGGUCCAGCUGGCCCCCGGGGAGUGUUCCCCUGCCCCUCCUGCCCUCAGGCUUUCCCCUCCCUGCUCCGCCUGGUCAAACACCGCCAUACGGCCCACGUCUCCGAGCGACACUUCAAGUGCUCCGUCUGCACCAAGACCUUCAAGAAGCAGAUGCACCUACGCAACCACCUGCGCACACACACCGGCGAGCGGCCCUUCCAGUGCUCAGACUGCGGAAAGACCUUCUCGUCCCUGGCCAACCUGUCUCGCCACAACCUCACCCAUUCUGGCGUGCGCCCCUACCGCUGCGACAUCUGCCACCGGACAUUCACCCAGUCAUCCAACCUCAGGCAGCACCGCCUACUCCAUGCCAACCUCCCUCCCUGGCCCUGCCCGGACUGUCCCGCCACCUUCGUACGGCCGGCCAAGCUAGCCGCCCACCGCUACACUGUUCACCCCGGGGCCCCAGCCCCGUUCUCCUGCCCCCAAUGCCAGGCUGGCUUCCUGUACAGGAGGAAGAGAGACCGCCACUGUCAGGAGGUGCACCCCCUCGAGGCCCAGGAAGACAGAGCGGGAGGGUUAGAGAGCCUGCCCCAAGUGUGCCCUGACGGGGAGCCCCUCUCAGAGCCCUCCACCUCAGAAGACACCAGGACCACCAGCAUCAUGAGGGGGGGCCUGGACUGCACUGUGUGUGGGAAGAAGCUCAACUCUGCAGCCAACUGGCGUCUGCAUCAGCUGAGCCACGGCCUGGUUCCUGGUCGGUCCUGUGGUGGUGCAGUGGCCAGGGGUAAAUCCCACCAGUGCCUAACCUGCGGUAAGCUGUUUGUCUCCUCCUCUGGCGUGACCUUGCAUCAGCGCAUCCACACAGGAGAGCGCCCCUUCCCCUGCAACCUGUGUGGCAAGCGCUUCCGGCAAAACACGCACCUGCGAGAGCACCUGCGCACGCACACAGGGGAGCGGCCGUUCCGCUGUGAAAUAUGUGACAAGGGCUUUGUCCAGAGCAUGCACCUGGCGGAGCACCGGCGUACGCACACGGGGGAGCGCCCCCACGCCUGUCUGGUGUGUGGCAAGGCCUUCAAGUCCUUCUCCAACCUGCGGAACCACAGGAAGACCCACGCACGCCAGCAGAGGCAGGAGGAGGCGGCCGCAGCACAGGUUGCCAUGGAGACCAGCGCCGCCGUGGCGCUAGUGGGGGCAUCCCAGGUGGAACUGGCCAAUGGGCAGCCUCAGCUGUUCCACAUACAGACGUCAACCCUACAGCAGGUGAGGAGGAGGGGCUGGCGGGGUCUGUGUGCGGCCUCUGAGGGUGUGUUAGUCUGUAAAAUUGAGAAAAUAUGUUGUUCAAAUAUGUUUUUCUCUCACAUCCUCCAUACAAUGCUUCCUUUCCUAUCCAGACCCAGGGUACUCCCACCAUCAUGUGUAAUGAGUUUGGGGAGACCAUCGCCAUCAUAGAGACCAGUGAGGGAGGAACCCUACCCCUGGCUGAGGCUAUAGAGAUCUACCACACAGCCCUGGAGAACAGUCUGGGGAUGGACACCAUCACUGUAGA